GGAUAAAUAUGGCGAGAACAACGGGAGCUGGAGCCAAAGUCCAGGAGCUUGAGCUUGAAUGUUUACCCUUUCAUCUGUGGCCUUCACACAGGCUGGAGUGUGCAAGUAGCAGAGUGGAAACUUUUUUUUGGUAAAGUUCAUUUGUUUAUCACGAUUGAGAAUAGUUUUUCAUUGGAGAAUCAACUCAGGGAUAGCCAUGGAAAAUCGUUUAAAAAAUGAACCAACACAAGAAAUAGCAGAGGCACUUCAGAACAAUGAUUCUGCUUCAGCUGCUCAGAAGAUCCAAGAGUAUUUGAAACAGCAGGAAAAUAUUCCACUGAAUAUUGCCGUUACAGGAGAAUCAGGCUCUGGUAAAUCCACCUUUGUUAAUGCCUUCAGAGGCAUUGACAACAGGGAUGAGGGAGCUGCUCCCACUGGUUGUGUGGAAACCACCAUGGAGUUUACACCGUACCCCCAUCCAUCCUAUUCAAAUGUUGUUCUGUGGGAUCUCCCUGGGAUUGGCACCACCAAGUUCCCAGCUGACAAAUACCUGAAGCAUGUUAGAUUUGAGAAGUUUGAUUUUUUCAUUAUCCUCUCAGCUGAUCGUUUCACAGAAAAUGAUGUGAAGCUGGCUUUGGCAAUCCAGAAAAUGGGGAAGAUGCUGUACUUUGUCCGCUCUAAGAUUGAUAACAAUUUACGUGAUGCGGAAAGAAGUCAGAGGGACUUCAAUCAAGCUGAGACGCUUGACAAAAUCAGGAAAUAUUGCUGUAAAGGUCUCCGAGAUAAUGGGGUGAAAUCUGUUAAAGUCUUCCUGAUCUCCAAUUUUGAUGUCGGCCUGUAUGAUUUCCAACUCUUGGAGGACACCUUGGAGAAGGAACUUCCUGAACACAAGAGGAAUGCUCUGCUGUUUGCCAUUCCCAAUAUAAAUGAGGGUAUCCUCAACAAGAGAAAAGAGGCUUUCCAAGCUGAAAUAAAGUAUUGUGCCUCAUUAUCUGCAUUAAUAGCGGCUGCACCAAUCCCUGGCUUUGCUUUAAUGGUUGAGUUAGACAUUCUGGUUACCAUCAUCAAUAAGUAUGUAUUGGGCUUCGGUCUUGAUGGCAAAUCACUGCAGAAACUUGCACGUAGCACAAAGACUCCUUUAAAUGAUUUACAUGCUGUCAUGAGAUCCCCUUUUGUAUUGAAAGAAAUAAACAAAGAAAUGAUUCUUAAAGAAUUAACCAUGUCUGUAAGUGGAUUCACGUUGGUUUUAGUGAAGGAAGUGACAAGAUUUAUGACACUAUUUGGCAUCCCAGCAGCAUCAGGAAUUUCUUUUCACCAAACUUAUUCAUUUCUGGAUAACUGUCUUGAAGUGUUUGCAAAAGAUGCUCAAAACGUACUGAUGAAGGCGCUGAAAGUGAACCCUUGACAUGUGUGAUAUCAUUACAUCAGUGAUGAUAUCACAUUUAGAUACAUAAUCGUUAACAAUUCUGUAUAGCACAAUAUAAGCAAAAUAUUGAAUGUCAGGUGAUUACUGUAUAAGCUGUUCUGUAAUAAUAAUGCAUAAGCUCUACUGUAGGUGAUGGUAACAUAUGUCAUUUAUUUCUUUAACAUGAAUUCUCUUUUUAUAUGCUCUUUGCACUUUGUUUUUUGUUUAUUUUUAUACUGUUUUGCAAAGCUGGACCCCAGCUCAACUGCUCUUAUGAACUAACAUUUUACAUAAACAAUAUCAGGUCAAAAUACCUGGAAUGAUUGCCUUGCAGGUGACUCUUACAAUGUAAGACGUUGGUAGUUUAUUGUUCGGGCCACACUCUCUAAUGUGAUGAAAGGAGAAGCAGAAAACAUUUUCUUCUUUUUUUGUACUUUUUUACACGUCUGUUUGGUCUAACCCACCGCCUUGCUUAAGUGCAUUUGUACACUCUGUCGACUCACAUUCAGUUUACAAGUUCUUGUGGAGCUAACACAACUUGUACCUCUGAUGCCACUGCAGCGUCUCCCCCUCAUCAAUCUCCAUAAAAAAGCCAAACCAAAUGAAGGGGGUUAAAAAAGACAAACUCGAAACCUAAGCCUGUGCGGGAAGCUGUGAGGAAAAAGGGACGUGUUCUGUAGAGGAUUUUUGAUUGCUGUGGAGCUUCGUAACAAUUUAACAAUUUUGACUUUUUCAUUUUAAAUUCUAGACUUUUCCAUUGAUGUAUUUUUCUACACCUCAUACAUUUAUUUUUAAAUUGUAUUUUUUGUUAUGUCUUCCUACACAUGUAUUUUCUAGACUUUUUCUGCUGAACACUGAAUGAUAUCUGUCCUUCUGCAGGAUACGAAACACAUCAGUGAGAUCUGAGAUUAUUUCAGGCUAAUACAGUGCAUCCGGAAAGUAUUCACACCCCUUCACUUUCCCCACAUUUUGUUAUGUUACAGCCUUAUUCCAAAAUGGAUUAAAUUCAUUUUUUUCUGAUUAAUCUACACACAAUACCCCAUAACGACAAAGUGAAAAAGAUUUUGUAGAAAUUUUUGCAAAUGUAUUAAAAAUAAAAAACUGAAAUAUUGCAUGUACAUAA